AUUUAUUGAAAGAUUUUAGUGAAAGUGACGUUUUAAUUGGACUACAAGUUAGCACAAUUUCGUUCAUUCACACAGAUUUCAAUCGAUGAUGGAAAGAGGUGCGUUGCUACCGAUCACCGACAGUUGCAAGCAAAAUAUUCAAAUACACAGAAGAGAAAAUUCUAUGGCGAAUGGUGGACAUGGUGUCGUUGUCAAUGGUGUGGGCGGUGGUGCUCCAGGUUCAGGAACCCUUUCACGGGAAGAAAGGCGCCGGCGUCGAAGAGCCACGCAGAAAUAUCGAACGGCACACGCGACGAGAGAAAGGGUCAGAGUUGAAGCUUUCAAUUUGGCCUUCGCCGAGCUAAGGAAGUUACUACCGACUUUGCCACCGGACAAGAAACUCUCCAAGAUAGAAAUUCUGCGGCUUGCCAUCUGUUACAUCGCUUAUCUCAAUCAUGUUCUCGAAGCAUAGGGACGAUAUAAUAUCAAAGACGUCUCAAAUUAAAUUCAUUUUUCGAUUCAAUUAAAAAAACUCGUUUUCGAUGUUUUCACAAAGUUCAUUUAUUGAAAGAAUGACAAAAAAGGAAGAAAGAAA